UAAGAAAUUCCAAAAACACUGAAGCUUCCCUUUUGUUUUUGACUCAUUUUGUCUAAAACACCUGUUAGGGCGGGAACCCAAUUUCUCUUUCUUUAUCUCUCGCUCGAGCUCAACUCGACUCGUUUCGACUCACUCAUGCCCGAACCUACGAUGAGUUUGCGGAAAGGCUCCAAGGUUUGGGUCGAGGACAGGAAUUUGGCUUGGGUUGCAGCGGAGGUCAUCGACUAUGGUGGAAAGCAAGUUCUUGUUGUCACAGUUUCCGGGAAGAAGAUUUUGGUUUCUCCCGAGAAGGUUUUUCCUAGGGAUGCGGAUGAGGAUGAGCAUGGAGGAGUUGAUGAUAUGACGAAAUUGACUUAUUUGAACGAGCCAGGAGUUCUUUACAAUCUUCAGAGAAGAUAUGCUCUCAAUGAUAUAUAUACAUACACAGGAAGCAUUUUGAUUGCGGUCAAUCCAUUCACAAAGCUUCCUCAUUUAUACAAUGUCCAUAUGAUGGAGAUGUACAAGGGAGCUCCAUUUGGCGAGUUGAGCCCCCAUGUCUUUGCUGUGGCUGAUGCAUCAUAUAGGGCAAUGAUGAAUGAUGGUCGCAGCCAGUCUAUACUGGUCAGUGGAGAAAGUGGGGCUGGGAAAACAGAGACGACUAAACUUAUCAUGCAGUACCUUACUUAUGUUGGAGGCCGAGCUGCUGGUGGUGACAGAACUGUCGAGCAGCAAGUUCUUGAAUCAAAUCCUCUUUUGGAAGCGUUUGGUAAUGCAAGGACUGUUAGAAAUGACAAUUCAAGUCGCUUUGGGAAGUUUGUUGAGAUCCAGUUUGAUGCAAAUGGUAGAAUAUCAGGUGCUGCCAUUAGAACUUACUUAUUGGAAAGAUCACGUGUUGUACAGAUUACAGAUCCUGAAAGGAAUUAUCACUGCUUUUAUCAUUUGUGUGCUUCCGGAAGGGAUGCAGAAAAAUACAAGCUAGGUCAUCCAAGCCAUUUCCAUUAUUUAAAUCAGAGUAAGAUUUAUGAACUGGAUGGAGUAAGCAAUGCUGAGGAAUAUAUUAAGACAAGGAGAGCAAUGGACAUUGUUGGCAUUAGUCAUGAAGACCAGGAAGCAAUAUUUCGCUCCUUGGCUGGAAUUCUACAUCUGGGCAACAUUGAAUUUUCUCCUGGGAAAGAGCACGACUCUUCAAUUCUAAAGGAUCAGAAAUCAACCUUUCAUCUGCAGAUGGUUGCUAAUCUUUUCAUGUGUGAUGUAGAUCUUUUGCUAGCAACACUAUGUACUCGUUCAAUUCAAACCCGUGAAGGAAGCAUUGUUAAGGCUCUUGAUUGUAAUGCUGCUGUUACUGGUAGAGAUGCUCUGGCAAAAACUGUUUAUGCACGGUUGUUUGACUGGCUGGUUGAUAAAAUUAAUAAGUCUGUUGGGCAAGAUUUGAAUUCCCAAGUACAAAUUGGAGUUCUGGACAUUUAUGGUUUUGAAUGUUUUAAGGAUAAUAGUUUUGAGCAAUUUUGCAUUAAUUUUGCGAAUGAAAAACUUCAGCAACAUUUUAAUGAGCACGUCUUCAAGAUGGAGCAGGAAGAGUACAGUAAAGAAGAAAUCAAUUGGAGCUACAUCGAGUUUAUAGAUAAUCAAGAUGUUCUAGAUUUGAUUGAGAAGAAACCUAUUGGAAUAAUUGCUUUAUUGGAUGAAGCUUGCAUGUUCCCAAGAUCAACACAUGAAACUUUUUCCAUGAAGUUAUUUCAGCAUUUCCGGUCACACUCAAGAUUGGAAAAGGCAAAAUUUUCAGAAACAGAUUUUACUGUCUCCCAUUAUGCUGGAAAGGUUACUUAUCAUACAGAUACCUUUUUAGAUAAAAAUCGUGAUUAUGUUGUGGUUGAACACUGCAAUCUGCUAUCCUCUUCCAAAUGCCCCCUUAUCGCUGGUCUUUUCCCCUUACUUCCAGAGGAAUCUUUGAGAUCAUCAUACAAGUUUUCUUCUGUUGCCUCAAGAUUUAAGCACCAACUUCAAGCUCUGAUGGAAACACUCAACACAACAGAGCCACAUUAUAUACGUUGUGUGAAACCAAAUUCUUUGAACCGACCACAAAAGUUUGAGAACCCGAGUAUACUACAUCAGCUACGCUGCGGGGGUGUGUUGGAGGCUGUUCGGAUAAGUUUGGCAGGCUAUCCCACGCGAAAGACUUUUUCAGAGUUUGUAGAUCGCUUUGGAAUAUUAGCUCCUGAAUUUAUGGAUGGAAGUUUUGAUGAAACAACCAUCACAGAGAAAAUUCUGAAAAAGUUAAAUCUUGAUAAUUUUCAGUUGGGUAGAACCAAAGUGUUUCUCAGGGCUGGACAAAUUGGUGUUUUGGAUUCUCGUCGUGCUGAGGUUUUAGAUAGUUCUGCAAAACUUAUUCAGCGUCAGUUACGAACAUAUAUUGCUCGCAGGGAUUUUAUCUCAACUAGGGCUUCUGCAUUGGCUCUCCAAGCUUACUGUAGAGGAUGUCUUGGCCGAAAGAUGUACAUUGUCAAACGAGAGGAAGCAGCUGCUCUUGUACUCCAGAAACACAUCCGAAGCUGGCUUUCAAGGAAGGCAUACUUGCAACUACUUUUAGCAGCUGUUAUCAUACAAUCUGGAGCUCGUGGUUUCUCAACUCGCAAAAGUUUUAUGCAUGGGAAAGAACAUAGAGCUGCUGUUUUAAUUCAGGCUCGGUGGAGGAUGUGUAAGGUUCGCUCAGCUUUCAGACAUGAACAGACUUCUAUAAUAGCAAUACAAAGUCUCUGGAGACGAAAAUUGGCAAAAAGAGAGCUUCGGAGGCUUAGACAGGAAGCAAAUGAAGCCGGUGCACUGCGUUUAGCUAAGAAUAAACUUGAGAAGCAGUUAGAAGAUUUGACUUGGCGGUUGCAUCUCGAAAAAAGAUUGCGGGUUUCCAAUGAAGAUGCCAAGUCAGUAGAAAAUUCGAAACUUCAGAAGAUGGUGGAAUCUUUGAACCUUGAGUUAGAUGCAGCAAACUUAGCAACAAUUAAUGAGUGCAACAAGAAUGCAGUGCUCCAAAAUCAGUUAGAAUUGUCUUCAAAGGAGAAAUCUGCUUUGGAGAGAGAACUCAUAACAAUGGCUGAAUUGAGAAAAGAAAAUUCAUUAUUGAGGAGUUCAUUGAAUACUCUGGACAAGAAGAAUUCAGAUCUGGAGACCGAGCUUCUCAGGGUGCGAAAGGACAAUAGUGACAUGAUUGAGAAGUUGAGAGAAUUUGAAGAGAAGUGCUCCCAGCUUCAGCAGAGCGUUAAAAGUCUUGAAGAGAAAGUCUCAGUUUUAGAAGGCGAGAAUCAAGUUAUGCGACAAAAAGCCUUGACUGUCACUCCCAAGAGCAAUCGUCCUGGUUUUGCAAGGACAUAUUCUGAUAAAAACUCUGGUGCACUUGUCCUUUCUCAAUCUGAUCGGAAGUUACUAUUUGAGUCGCCUACCCCUACGAAGGCUAUUGUCCCUCUUUCACAUAGCUUUUCAGAAUCACGCCGGCCAAAAUUAGCUGCAGAGAGGCAUCAGGAAAAUUGUGUAUUCCUUUCAAGGUGUAUCAAAGAAGAUAUGGGUUUUAUAGAUGGAAAACCAUUGGCAGCCUGUAUCAUAUACAAUUGUCUUCAUCAUUGGCAUGCCUUUGAGUCGGAACGAACAGCGAUUUUUGACUUUAUAAUUGAAGGAAUAAAUGAUGUUCUGAAGGUUGGUGAUGAGAAUAUUGUGUUGCCAUAUUGGUUGUCCAACGCAUCUGCACUUCUAUGCCUCCUUCAAAGGAAUUUAAAAUCAAAUGGUUUCCUAACAGCAACUCCUCAGCGAUCUGCUGGGUCUACUGGGUUGGCGGCCAGGAUUGGGCAUGGAUUAAAAUCGUCAUCUAAAUAUUUUGGGUUUGACGAUGGUGUAACACACCUUGAAGCAAGGUAUCCCGCUAUACUGUUCAAACAACAAUUGACUGCUUGUGUAGAGAAGAUUUUUGGCUUAAUUCGUGACAAUUUGAAGAAAGAAUUGUCUCCACUAUUGGGCUUUUGCAUUCAGGCGCCAAAAAAUUCCCGAGUACUUGGAAAGUCAUCUAGAUCACCUAGUGGUGGUGCUCCUCAGCCGACACCUGGUAAUCAGUGGGAGAACAUCAUCAAGUUUCUUGAUUCUCUUAUGGGUCAAUUACGUAAAAAUCAUGUACCUUCCUUUUUCAUCCGCAAGCUGGUGACUCAGGUUUUCUCUUUCAUCAAUAUAUCAUUAUUCAACAGUCUGUUACUGCGACGGGAAUGUUGUACGUUUUCAAAUGGGGAAUAUGUAAAGUCCGGUCUAGCGGAAUUGGAGAAGUGGAUAGUUAAUGCAGGGGAUGAGUUUGCAGGAACCUCAUGGCAUGAGCUCAACUAUAUUAGACAAGCUGUUGGUUUUCUGGUAAUACACCAGAAGAGGAAAAAAUCUUUGGAGGAGAUUAGACAGGAUCUUUGUCCGGCACUGACAGUCCGGCAAAUCUAUCGGAUAAGUACUAUGUACUGGGAUGACAAAUACGGAACUCAGAGUGUGUCAAAUGAGGUAGUUGCUCAAAUGAGAGAGAUUUUAAACAAGGACAACCUGAAUCUCACCUCCAAUUCAUUCUUGCUUGACGACGAUUUAAGCAUUCCGUUUUCGACAGAAGAUAUUGAUAUGGCUAUUCCUGUGAUAGACCCUUCAGAUAUAGGAUUUCCAAGUUUCUUGUCCGAGUACCCGGUUGCGCAGUUUCUUAUCCAGCCACAAAAUUAGCUUCUAGUCUUAGUAUUUGUUUGCAAGUUUAAGUGUACAGAUUUAGAAAGAAAAAAGGAAAGAAAAAAAAAAGCAUCAUUUUAGAGUAUAGCUAGCUAGCUCGUCGUAUGAAAGAUUUGAUAUUUGCAGGGAAGCAUGAAGCGAGAGCAUUUUCGAGGUCGUCAUCACAAGAAUGUACCAACCUCUAACAAGAGUUUCUCAGGACUUGAUGAACACUCGCUGGAAUUUGUAUGUUUAGAUUUGCAAUUUUUUCAUUUUUUUUAAUCCCUCCCUCGACGAUGGUGCUUCACUUUUCAUGAAGUUCAUCAUAUAGUUAGUUUGAGUCUUCGAAUUAGGUCUCAAUGUACUAAUAUAUAGUAGUUGUUUUGUUGUACAUUUCGUGCUUUGUAUAUGAACAUCUUGUAGUAGCCUAAAAUUAAGUGUAGGAAAUGAUUUCACAUUCGUUUAUGUAUAUUUGCUCUUCUAAUUUAAAUCCCAUGAAAAUAUACAUUAUAUAUGA